CUUUAGCAUGUAAUAGACUGAAAAAAAAAAAGAAAGGAGAAUUCCUAAAAAAGAAAGAAAACAAAAAGCUUUAACCUGAUUUGAAUAGCUUUAUCGCAUCUUCAGUAUUAUCAAUUGGACCCAAGAAAAGCUUGGAUUUGGUACCAAAGAGGACUUGCCCUACAAUCACUCGCAAGGAUUUGUUCGACCCAGCCAUCAUUUCAGGGUUCACAGUAACUUGGUUCUGGUGAGUUCUCACACCAGAGAUGAAGAGAAAGAAAUGGUCGGAGCUGGAAGAGCAAACCCUCCUCACCAAGUACGCAGAGCUUCUGAACACGGGAGCUCUAGCCAAGCUUAAGACCCGAGAGAAGAAAUUCAAACCUAUUGCCGACCAUGUUAACACCCUCCACCACCUCACCGACCCAAUCACCUUUCCUUUCAAGUGGUCCUGGCGCGAUGUCUCCAUCAAGGUCCAGAACAUGCGUCAUCAGUACCUGGGUGUCAAGCAGAAGAUUCGCCUAUCCGAUGAAGAUUUUAAUUGGAAAGAUGGCGAGAAUCACUGGGAGAAUUUCUUGAAGUACAAGGAGGUCUUUGGUGAUGUUGAGCUCGAGCCCAAGGGAAAGAAAUCCUGCGAAAGCAUCGAUGUUUUUGGGGAUUGUGGGGACCUGGGAUUCGGGCUUGAUUGUGAGGAUUUGGAGGACGAUGAGGAAGAAGAAGAAGAGUUGGAGGAAGUGGAGGAUGAUGAUGGUGAUGAGGAGGAGGAGGAGGAGGAAUGCGAUGGGGCCGAUAAUGGCCGACAUGUUGGAAUUGGUAUUUGUAAUGAUGAUGGUGGUGGCGGUGGUGGUGGUGAGGUUGGGGAGGAGAUUGUUGCGAGUGAGGCUGAAUUUGGGACUGAGAGGGAAAAUUGGGAAAUUGGUUUUGGGCAGAAGAGGAAGAUGAAGAAGGGUGUGGGAGUAGCCAGGAAAUUGGGGUUGGUUGGUGCUAGGGUUUUGGAGCUUCGUGAUGUGAUGCUGAAGAGGGAAGAAAGGAGGCGAGAGAGGGAGUAUAAGAGAGAGAAAGGGGAUUUAGAGAGGGAUGCAAAGAGGAAACAAAAUGAGUUUAGGAAGGAGAAGAGGAGAAUUGAGAGGGAAGAGUGGUUGGAUGAUAGGGAAUUGGAUUUGGAAGAAAGGCAGAUGAUGUGGGCAAGGAGGGAAUCAGAGAGAAGGUUGAGGAUGGAACGAGAUUUUGCCGAUGAACGACGGAGGAGGAUGAGGAUGGAAGAGAAGAGGGAGGAAGAGGCAAUGGAAUGGAGAGAAAGGAUGGUGGGGUUGCAGAUUGAGCAUGAGAAGCAAAUGAUGCAAAUGCACGCGGAGGCCUGCCAGAACCAAAUGCAGAUUCUUGGGCUUAUGGCUAGGCUUCUUUGUCAGUUUUUCGGGUCACCAAAUGAUGGUUUAGGUGGUGCUUUAGGCGCUUUACCACUUCAAGUGUUGCAGAAUUUGCAGCAUCCAGGGGGAUUGGGUGACAGCGGAAAGCCUGAUGCAAAUUCACCGUCCGAGUUCAUAUAGACUGUAAUUCGAACUCCCUCAUAUAUACUAUUACCAUAGAUGUCUUUGUGCAGUGUUAUAUUAGUUGAAUUAUUUGUUUUUGUUUUGUAAGGUGUUGAGCACUUCCAUAGUUUGUGGAAUAGUGAUCUAAAGAAUGAUCUUUGAUAUCUAAA